AUCAAGGGAGGUGUUAUUUUUCCCUGCGUGUUUCCUCAUUUGAAGUUGUGCAAGAACUUGUUUUUUUUUUUUCUUUCUGAACUUGUGUCUCUCUGUAGAUCAGCGUGACAGGGAGAAAAGUGAGGGAUUCAAGUGUGGGAACUGCAGCAGGAAGGAAAGUGCAGCUGGGAAUUUUUGCCUGGAGCGAGGCAGGCUGGAGGACUGGGGCGAAAAAGGCAGUGUUACAGAAAAGAGAAGGACGGAGAGAGGUAGAAAAUUAACAGAGGGAGCAGGGAUGAGAUGAAGCAUAGGAUGGGAGGAGGAGAGGAUUUGAUGAGAUGGAGGAGGAGUGAAAGUGGACUUCACUUAACGAGGAGGAGCAGGGAGGAGACGAGAAGAUGACAGAGGGAAGGGAAUCUUGUCUCCACGCCCUCUUGGAAAAAAAAAGGGGGGAUGUCAAGGCAAGUCGCACACUCAUAUAGACUUAACACACUUAUACACAAACACCUGUAAAUCUACAUAUACACGCUCUUCCUGCCAGAAAUCUGUGAGGAAGGCAGCCAGUUUACACACACACACACACACACACACACAUACACGUGAAUGAAAGCUGGACUUGGACCUACAGUUGCACACACACACGCAUUGCAUCAGGGUGAAUACGCCAGCUGGACAUGGUUUCAUUCAGAUCUGCUGUGAUAAGAAGAAGUCUCCACCCCUUCCUGCUUCCAAGGACUUCUGCUUUAACCCCCCGAGUGUGUGUGUGUAUAUGUGUGUGUGUGUGUGUGUGUGUGUGUGUGAGCGUGUGUGAGAGAGUGUGUGUGUGUUUUCUGCACCCUCAUUGCUCACACUCUCAAUCUUCUAGCCUGCCAUUUGAUGUUUGUGUACAUACCUGCACAGACACACCCACAAUGCUCACAUACACAGACACACACACACACACUCCCUCUCUACUCUCUCCCUCCCUUUACACACACACACACAUACUCUCUCGCUCUCGUGUCCUCAGAGCAGCAGGUCCCUGGAAGCAGCCAAACUGUCAGUGACUGUUGCUAACACAUGCUUGCUCUCGGCUCGGCUCUUUCUUCGGCUGCUGCCAAGGGAGGAGGAGGAGGAGGAGAAGAAGAAGAAGUGAGGCUGGAGGGAACAGACUGAAACACACAGAUAGAAAAGAGAAAGAGAGAGACUUGGACCAACCUCUGACUGCUUACCUCUGGCCUAUGCCUGGCUGACGGUGUAGGAGACUGGCGGCAGCCUACAAAGUGAUGCCUCGCACACUCUGGAGCAGAACAUAGUCAGGACUUUCUUUAGGUUUCUCUUCUGUUUUUAUUUCCUCCCUCUGUUUCAAUGAUGAGGAGAGACCGUCUCUUCUUAGCCGCAACCCUUACAGCCAUCUUCUCUGCUGACCUUUACUUCAUUCUCCUGCCAAAGCUGCGGAGCAUGGGACGAGGAUCAAGACAGUUCUGCUCAUGUGGUCCCAGCAACCUCACCCUCCCAAGACAGGGGGGUCUUGCCUCCCCACAGCUCUCCAACUGGACUUCUGCAUCACCCCUGAUUGCUAUUACAACUGACCCCACAGAUGGAGGUUCAAAGCUGGGGAGACUUUUUGCUCACCCUCUGUAUAACAUCCAGACUCCAGCGCUGGGACCGGAGGAAAGGCUGCUGCAGGCGGAACAGUUGAUGGAGUACUACAGGAGGAAGGUGUCACGCUGGGAAAGGCAUAUGAAAAUCUACAGCGAGGCAGCGGCUGUCUCCAACAUCACUGUGACCCAACAUGAAGUGACCUUCGACCCCGACGCCAGCUGGCUGAAGUUCCACCUGGGAAUAAGCCGCUAUGCUCUGUACUCCCGCGAUGACCCCGCUAUUGUACAGCUGCUCAAGGACAUGGAGAGCAUGGCGGUCGUCAGCGCAGAUUACACUCAAGAUGAGAAGGCCCUGAAAGGAGCAUGUGAUUGUACCCAAGUGGUGAAGCCCAGUGGACAUCACCUGAAACUGGCUCUGAAAAUGCGUAACUUUGCCAAGGCCAUGUACAAACCAAUGAGGCAGCAGAGGGAUGAGGAGACUCCAGAGGACUUCUUCUACUUUGUGGACUUCCAGAGACACAAUGCAGAGAUCGCUGCCUUUCACCUGGACAGGAUCCUGGACUUCCGGAGGGUCCCACCGGUGGCUGGCAGGCUGGUAAACGUCACGGGAGAAGUCCUCCAAGUCACCCACAAUGAAGACCUACGAGCCGUCUUCUUCACCUCGCCAGCAAACAACACGUGCUUCUUCGCCAAGUGCCUAUAUGUGUGUAAGACAGAAUAUGCUGCGUGUGGGAGCCCUGACCUGCUGGAGGGCUCCCUGUCUGCCUACCUGCCUGGCCUCAGUAUCGCUCCCCGGAUCUCCAUCCCCAACCCCUGGAUACGAUCGUACAGUUUCACCGGCCGAGAAGAGUGGGAAGUGAAUCCGUUUUACUGUGACACCAUAAAGCAGCUGUAUCCAUAUAACUCCGGCAACAGGCUCCUCAACAUCAUAGACAUGUCCAUCUUCGACUUCCUUAUGGGAAACAUGGACAGACACCACUAUGAGAUUUUUACCAAGUUUGGGGACGAAGGAUUCCUUCUCCACUUGGACAAUGCCAGAGGGUUUGGGAAGCACUCUCAAGAUGAGAUGUCCAUCCUGGCUCCACUAUCUCAAUGCUGCAUGAUCAAACGCUCCACACUGCUGCGGCUCCAGCUCCUGGCCCGACCAGAGUACAGGCUCAGCGACGUGAUGCGGGAGUCCCUUGAAGGAGACCCUUUACAGCCGAUCCUGACAGAGCCCCACCUCUUAGCGCUGGACCGACGGUUACAGAAGAUCCUUCGGGUGGUCCAGCGCUGCAUCCGGAGGUUGGGCGAGGACGAGGUGAUCACCAAGGACUUUAUCAAAUCCACAGCGGGCCCUCAGACUGCCACAGUGAUGAAGAAGACAAGGUAACAGAGGACGGCAGGCUCGUCCCUCCUUUUCAUACCUGCAUAUUUUUUAUACCACAGAAGACUUCAUGGUGAAGAACAGUCACCUUGUGAGCAAACCAGGCUCAGAUGGUUUCGAUUUAAGGAACAAGCCAUAAAUGGAAGACGCUGUGGAAUCUCAUUGUGGAGGUUCACAACAUGAAUCACUGCAGGCCUCAAAUUCCUAUCACCGAGGGAGCCGUACCUUUAUUUCCUUUUGUUUCUCUCAUCAUGGUCAUAAAUUCCCCCGAGGCUGCAUUUUAUGACAGGUCUCUCACUUUUCAUGGACACCAUGUGCACAUAGGUCAGGGUGGUUAGAAGGUUCGUACAUAUAAGUUAAGGCCUUUUAAGGAGCAAUUGAAGCUAGAAAAUUUGCUGGGAGAGUGAAAACAAAGCAUUAACUUUCAUUCUUUCAUUCCCACGUGAAGCCACAGGGCGCGCUCUCGCCAUCAUACAUAUCAAGAUCAGCAGAAGAGGUCAUGCAACAGAGCUGCGAUGCACUGGAUCAGUUGUUUAUCAAACUAACGCUGGUGAAUAUUGUGACUGAUGAAAGACAGAUUUGUGUGUCGUUCAUGUGAUGUUACCAUUAGAAAAUAAAGUUAUUUUAUGUAAUGACA